CUUUUUGGGCCCAAUGCGCCAAGGGGCCCAGCCAGGGCUUCUUACUCUAGACCUUAUCAAUACCAGAUACCUGUAGUAGUAACUUACCCAGCAACAAGGGCACGCAGACGCCCGCGAGACUACGGUGCAACAUCCUUAUGCUUAGUACGCGCUCCUACUUUCCUGCACAAGUAAAUACUCGGAACAUGAUUACAUCUUACAGUAGUGGACGAAGCAUCGAGCCUCUCUCUCGUCGGCCGCUAGACAAUUGCACAAUUUGCGCGUUUAGAGCCGCUUAUGUUUAGCUUUCCUGCCCUAGUGCACAGUAACAGGCAACAUGGCACCUGCCGUGAUCUGCGACGGGGAUGGGUGCCGCAAGGCAAGCGGCACGCGUGUCAGGUGGGCGCUGAGGAGGCAGCAGCUGCCACCUCCCCCGCUCCUGCUGCGGCCGAGGGGCCCAACGCCUGCGAGCUGCUGGUUGACCCCCAACGGCACUCCUGGCCCCAACGGCACUCAGGUGCCCCUCGCCAGCAUAACCGGUGCUACCCUGGUCAUCCUGGACGGCGAGACCGCCGGCGAGGUGAUCAUCACGAGCGGGCGAGACGCCGUCAGCAGCGACGAGAAGUGCGAGGGCUUCCCCCGGCCGCGCAAAUGACGGCCGCGCACAUUCGAGCAGAUCGUGGAGGGCGCGGUGCUGGUGGAGCCCAAGACAGGCGCUGAGGUGCCGGCGCUGGAGCGGCUGCGCGGCAAGGUGUCACUGCUGUACUUCUCCGCGUCCUGGUGCCCGCCCUGCCGCCGCUUUACGCCGCAGCUAGUGACGGCUAUGGAGAAGCUACGCGCCGCGGGCAAGGCCGUGGAGACCGUGUUCGUGAGCGGCGACCGCGACGAGGCCUCGAUGAACGAGUACCACAGCCACAUGACGUGGCCGGCGCUGCCGUUCUCGGACAAGAAGCGCAACGACGAGCUCAACUCGUGCUUCGAGGUGGAGGGCAUCCCCACGCUGGUGGUGCUGGACGAGCAGUUCAACGUAAUCACAACCGACGGCCGUGAGGCCGUGGCGUCCGACACCGAGUGCACGCGCUUCUCCUGGCGCCCGCAGCCUACUCAUCAGCUGCGUGGCGGCACCAUCGACAACAUCAACGAAGGUCCCUGUCAUGGUGGUGGUGGUAGGUGCGGCGGAUGACAAGGCCGCGGACGGAGGAGGUGGUCCCAGCGCGCUGGCCGAGGUUGCGGCCGCCACAAAUGCCACGCCCGGUUCUGAACCGCCACGUAGACGAGGGGGCAAAGCUAACGUGUGUGGCUGAUGGCAAGGGUGCAUGCACCCCUGGUGGUGGUGGACCCGGAGGCGUUGAAGAGCUGGGCUGUCUACCGGUACAUGCGUUGCUGACGGGGUAGUAGGUUUCCGCCAUACGACUUCAUGGCAGAAUACUUCGGCUAACACUGUGUGCGAUCGUUUGUGGAACGCUGUGUGCUAGACCGUGUGCUAGAUCUGGUCUUCACGGUAGAGCGUGAAAUACAAAGGAUGUGCAACGAGCCCAGGCUAGGUCGAAAGUCGUUUGCCAUGACGAGGACGACAUGAUGAUAAGCCAUCCGUGUGUGCAAGUCGCGUGUUGCAUCUAAGCUUUUGGGAUAGCACCAAGUCCACUGCCCGUCCAUAGCGCGGACAUGUGAAACAACUCAUCCAUCCAUCAGGAUGUUAUGCAAGCGCCUUGAAUUCCAGGGAUGAGACAUAGGUCACGGGAGCGAGGGCUGUGUGCAGGAGCGGUAGAGCGUGUGCAUGCACCUUAACCCGUUUUCGCGCAGCGUGCCGGGGUGUUAGUGCUGACAUGUACUGUGUUUUACACGCGUGCAUCAAUCGCGACAGAGAAAAGGACUGUGAAUACCUGCGAUGUGUCAAGGAACAGUAGUAUCUACUCGCGUUACAUAAACGCUGUUGCCCGCGCACCCGAAAAAAUAACGGUGCCAGGUCACCGUGUUGCAUUGCUUGCGGACAAGACGCUACCCCAAGGUCUUUAUUACUGCAAUAGACUUCGUGUGAAAUAGCCUUCAACCUUGAUUCAAACCUUGACUCGAAGUAACAAUUGCGAAAC